CCCCGUUUCUGUGCCCCAAGGGCUGUCCUUGCCUAUGGCGCCUGCCUGCUCCAGGUUCCUAGUGGUUGGUGGGCACUUGCUUCAUGCCAGCCAAGGCUGUUGUCAACUUGGUCGAAGCACAAAGCUGUCUUCCAAAUCCUCAUCCCUGCCUGGCCCAUGCUGUCAGCCUCUGUGAGCCUGGGUUGGAUUCCCCCAAUGCAGGAGGGCAACGGAUGAGGUACGUAUCUGCUGUUGCCGACUUACAGCUACGUUAUUUGGAAGAGAGAUUUCCUGAUACUGCAGGGUGUAGUAGACCUUACAUGAUGAUUGACGGGCAGCAUGUGAAGCUACCCCCACUGAGUGUGUUUUGCUGGAAUUUUCCAGAACUCUGGCAUUUAUCCCUGCAGCCGGGCCAGCAGGCUCCCCUUCCCAGAGGAUGUGGCUGUUGACGGUGUUAGAGCAUCCACCUGCAUUGUGGCCACGCUGUCUGCACAGGCCCUUACAAUCUACGGUCAACAUCCAGAGGAGGAUUUCAGAUGGACCUUGAGCUCCUGCAGAGUAGAGUGAAAAAAUCAUCCUGUGGAAGAAGAGCUUAAACAAUUCUGCCAGAAACUUCACAACAAAGUCUUCAAGUUUCCAAAAUAUGAUGGAAAAUAUUCUUCAGGGACAGCAAGUUCAAUUGCAAGCCCUUCCCAGGGCUGGAAACAGAAAUAGAGAAAGAUGGAUCUGCUCCAACAGAGGCUGCUGGGAUCAGAAGAAGCAAGGAAAGAGAGCACAGCAAACAGCUCGCACUUCACCCACAGCAUUAUCUGCAGAGCGGGUGUGAACCACUGCCGGGUACAGCUACCAUGGCCCGGGUGCAGCUCAAAGCCUGGCUGAUCCUGUCUGCAUUUGCUGGAUUCCAGAGGCUGACAGAUGAGCAUCUUUACAGCGAGGACGGUGCCGGGGUGAACGUACGUCAUCGCCGGCCAGAGGACGCCGCCGUGCUGUUAGAGAUGCUCUGGGCAGGGCUGGAGAUUGAGGCCAAUGCAAUGGUCCGGCUGCAGGAUGAAGAGCUGGCCUCCCUGCACCCAGCACGGCAGUUCCUCCACAUUUUACAGAAUGAAGUUCCCAAAACACCAACAGAGAUUGAGCAGCAACUGAGAUAUUAUUCACUGACUGAUACCCCUUUACCUGUAAUGGAGUUUGACCGUCUCCUUUUCACCAGUGUUUACUGUGCCUAUCAGAUUCGAUCCAUUCAGGGUCUGGAUAAAAAUCUCUGGAUCAGUCUUUUCUCACAGCUGGUUGAUGAAAUCUUUCGCGAUCUCUGCAAGGGGUUUUGCCCUGCAAAUUCCACUCUCCUCCUGGCUUCCUGGCCCUGGAAGGAGAAGCCACUACAUUUAGCAUCACUAAAGCAGUUCUAUCAUUCCAACCUGGCCAGGACCAAGAGAGACACUUAGUAAGAGAAACUGCCCUGGCAAAGGACACAUCUGAGUUCAGCUGCAAGCUCAGUUGUUUUCUAUGCUGGCAAUCAUUGCACAUGAUGCAGGACACUGUGCAAGCGCACCACCCCUUCUUGGUAUUGCUUUCUGCAUUGUGCUGCCAACCUGCUAGGGAUUUAUCUACAGGCUUUCAUUUUUAAAUGAAAUAGGACAAAGCUGCAAAGUGUAUUUCACCCUUUCAUCUGUGUUAUUGAAGUGGCUGUGCUGAGGGGGCCGGGUUCUUUAGAAGUGUUACCCAGCUCGAUCCCUGAUGCUUAAUAGGGGGAUAUCCUGGCAUUGUUUUUUCCAGGGUGUUAGCACUGAUGUACCAGCUGAAUUCAUCCUUGAUAAUUCAGUUUUGCCUCCUUAUAUUCAUUCUGUGGUUUCAGCUGAAUGCAGCAUUUUUUCUUAUCUCCAGGAACCAACUAAGUAGAUGCUGUUGUGUUUCACCAUAAAGGUGAUAUAUUUAAUUUCAGAUUUCUGCUCAUGUGACAUCACAUUUUAUGUAUCUACAAUAAUUUCCCAUAUUGUGUACUCAUUUUCCUUAGCAAAAAACAACCCCCCCCCC